UUGAAUCUUUUUCUGUUUUUCUUGAAACCUUGGGUCCCACUAUUUGUACUUGUACUACUGUGUGGGUAAAGGCUUUAAAAAUGGUGUAGCAGAGAUCAUGAACAUAUAAAGAGGCAUGCAUAUAUGUCCCUAUCCUCUUCUCUCUAUCCACCUGCACGUCAAAAUAAAAGAAGACUAGAAGAGAAGGGGCAUGCUUAGAAAGUUGUAUGAUUAGUGUGGUCUCUUUGUCCGUACAUAUUUUUUUUGGCAUUGAAAUAAUAAGCAAAUAUCAGUCAGAUAUAUUCACCAGAGAUUGAUCAAAGCCGUCAGUGUUUGCCGGGUAGCAAAGAAAUCAAUGGCAAGCAGUGUAGCUCUCAGCAACGAGCCACCAACGACUAAGACAAUUAACCAACUCGAUAAUCCCUAUCAGAUCGUCAGGCAUUUAGCUUCAAGUAACGCUGUGGUGUUGUUCAGCAUGAGUGGCUGCUGCAUGUGCACUGUAGCUAAGCGUCUUCUCUUUGGCCUUGGUGUUGGACCCACCAUUUUUGAGCUCGACCACCACUCAGCUGGUCACGACAUUCAGGCUGUCCUCUUCCAGCUUGCAUCUGAAGGGCAGCAGCCCGUUCCUGCUAUCUUUGUUGGUGGCAAGUUUCUUGGUGGUAUCGAGACUCUCAUGGCUUGUCAUAUUAAUGGCACUUUGGUGCCUCUUCUUAAGGAUGCUGGUGCUCUUUGGCUCUAAUUAAUCUUUGAUUAUUAGCUAACAUAAUUAGUUCUCUUGAAUCUUCUUUGUUUACAUAUAGCAUGGAAAAUCUCUAUGGGGUUGAUCAUUAUAUGUUUGUAUAUAGAAACAAGGUGAUCAUACAUGCAGUGGCAGUUGGUAGCUUAAUUUCUUGCUUUUAUUUCCUAGAUGAAAAUCAUGUCAAGGGCCAUUUAGGCAUGUUAAAACUUCAAAUUCGUUGGUGCUAAUGAAGUAUUUGUCAUGUUUUAUUCUCCUUUUUCUUUUCUUUAAAAAUAAAAAAUACCACGCUGAAAUGUCAGUGAAGAAUAUAAUAAUUCUGAGAUAUGCGAUGUCAUAAUCCGUACAUGAGGAAGCCACAAGUUGACUAACGGUAUUUUUAAAGAAAAUGAUAGUUUUCUUUCUUUAUAUUUUUUUUUUCGUUUUCUGUUCUUUUUUUGAACUGCAAUAGGUCAAACAUUAAUAAGACGUUCUUUUUUGACUGUA